AUGUACGCACUUAACGGUAUGUAAUGGCUUUGCUUUUUACUACGUUUGAUUACCGAUGAUUUUUUUGUACCGCUCAUACGUUGGCAAACCGUUUGUUUGUAAUUUAAAACGCUCAAGUUUCGAAAAAUUCGCUUUCCCUAUAUAAAAUGAGUAGCAUGCCAGCCAUAUUUAUUUACUGAGCUACGAGCAUGCUCAGUUGCAACGUCUCAAAUUUCUGGCGAUGGUUAGUAGCAAAUAUUUCUGUGUUAUAGCGUUGUAAUAUAGCUAAUAAAAUGUGUAUUCAAAACAGAAAAUGCACAAUGGUCUGGUAUUUCUUUUAAUUUGGCAUACCUCUUCCAAACUACUGUAGUCUAGUAAUUCCUCUCAGUUUCAAUUGUGCAAAAAAAGGGAAUUUACAUUUUUAAUUUCAGACUCCAUUGCAUAUGAGAAAAUGCAUGCUGCACUCACAAACAAGAGACUUAUGAAUGGAAUCAAGCAGGCAUCUCCUUUUGGCCAGACCAGUUGUCUGGAAGGUUUCCACUCGGUACUAAACCAGUUUUCUCCAAAAAUGAUUGGGUACAGUUAUCCAGGCAUGUUUUGCAGGUAAGAAACAGUUUGGUAGUUAUUUAUAAUAUCAAGGCAGGUUGACACAUUCAACUCUUUUCUGAUUAUUUUAGGCAUGCACUUGCUGUUAUUCAUUUCAACAACAACUUAAACAGGAAAAAACGAAUGAAGAAUGGUGUUGAGCAAGUGCAUGUUGUGUAUCCAAAAUUUAAAAAUGGAGAGGCUGUAGUUAGAAAUGUCAAAGUGCAGCAAAAUUUUGGUAUGUAGCCAUGGGUAGUUAUGAUGAUGACACAAAACUAAUUUCCUUGUCAAACCUCAACCCUAUUAGUCAUAUCUUGACAGGAUUACAAAUAGUGAGGUGGGGGCAAUUGGGCAUAUGGAUUAUGGACAGUCUCCCCAUUUGUCUUUUAGCCUUUGUAUAAUAGUUGCAUAACUGUAUUAUUAUAUUUCUUAAAGAUUAUGUUGAUGAAAUAUAUGACACUAUAGUUGACGCAAUUUUGGGCAAGAAGCUAGAAAAGGAAAUUAAAGAAUUAAAAGAUGAAACACCACCACCAAUGAACAGGAUGCUCGAAAAGCAGCCGCGUAGUGAUGCCAUCCGCAAGAAAACACAAAGAGAAAGCAUGCCAAUUGUUGAUGUGCCACCGAAAAAUCCUGGUAGGUUGCAUGUGUCCUUAUAUGAUAGUAGAUAA